UUGUUUACCACCUACCGGUGUGCUAUCGCGAGAUCUCGUUCCUGAGCCACGGGACUACGUCGUAGCGGAGUUCAUGUUCCCGGAUUAGACUACAGGGUGGAGCGUUUAAUUGACUGUCGGGAUUUCUUCAUGAAGGCCUAAGUCGGUCAGGAGCUAUGAGAAAGACUGUCCCGAAAGAUUGCACGUUGCAUAGUUGUGUUUAUUACGUCCCUUCUUUGUCGCUUUGAAGCCAAGAACCCAGUGCUAUGGACCCGACCGCGAGGUGGCUUUCCCGUCGACCAUGCACCAGCGCCGUUCCCAGGCCGCUCCGAACAUCGUUGAACUUCGAGGUGGAGAACUUCCGCUUGUUCGGUUCUCUGAGGAGGACAGCGACGACAGUGCACAACAGCUUGCCCUCUCUCAGAAACAUGUUGGACUUUGAGCAAGUACGUCGGUGUAUGCCUGAUGACGCAAACUACGUCAGCUUCUACCGCAGGCUGACGUCAUCAAUCAGGCCAGCGACACCCCGGAGCCACGUUAGUAUCAGCCUGUCAUCUACCGUCAACCAUGAACUUGAAAAUCACUCGCUUUCAGAGCUUCGACCCAGAAGUGACCCACAGAAUAAGAGUUUACAAACAACGGAAAUGACGUCAGUCUAGUGGUUUUCUGUAGGGAUGCUCUCUGUUGGUAACAUCAGCAGGAAGCCUAAUUCUCAAGCUGUCGUUGCAAGUGACUGCGAAAAGGAAACAACAGCAGAUGUGAAGUGCACGACAGACAAAAGGAGUAAUAAACUAAACCUAUGAUGUCGGACGAUUGAUGGGUGGAUGUUGAUGUCCUAAGAGGCUGGCUGGUUCAGCCAGGAAUACAACAAUUUCCCAUGAUUAAUUAUUAGACUGCAAAGCCAUCAGGUCUACUUCAAAGUACCAGGUGGACUAAUUUCAUUCCUGGAAAACAAGACCGAGGAAUAUGUGCGGUUCUGAUGUGCCAAGAACCUGUUCCGGCAAUAGUAAAACUGUGCAGGCUUCUCAGAUUCGGUCAUGUGAGCCAACGAAAACUAUCCUUCGCGGUACUCUUUAGGCCGUUUAGGGGUAGAAGGAAAUUUGUGUUUUACGCCGAGCCAGCAAAUAAGGCUACAUGUAUAUCACGGCCAGACUUAUAAACAGAUGUCACAUGCAGAGAAAGAACAGCAUGCCCGAGACGAACCCAGGACAGCCAAUCUUUAUUGUUUUGCGGUUACUCAAUGAGAGGCCAAUGCCAAGGUAAACAGAAGACGUGGCUGAGAGCGCAAAUGAGUGGAAUAACAUUACCAUGCAGAAUCUUUAUACAAUCACUCAAGAAAGCCUUCUGAAGUGAAUGAAUUAAUGAAACUGACGACUGUUCACUAUACACAAUUAUGUGUUGCGUAAACAGGAAGAGCUACCCAUCUGACAAGUCCUAAGCAGUCUGUGCAGCUCAAAGAAAUAAUACGCCUUGUUCUUUUUAUGCAUUUUAAUUCAAAGCACCAGCAUGCAGUUGAGACUCAGGGUACAGUUGGACUUAAGCUGAAGUAACUUGCAUUCAAAGGAAAUUAUAGCUAAAUGUGUUAAAGGAAAAGAUUAACAGAAGAAAAAUUGUAUUGGUAUAGGUAGGUUUGAAGCAGAAAUGCCUUAUUUUUCACUACCAUCCUCACAGCUUAUAGUAAAUCAUCAUUCAAUAACCCCACAAAUUUUAGUAGCUCAUUUAUUGUUAGCUGUCAGGGUAAUGUGUAUAAUAAAAAAUGUCAUCCUCAGCAAAAGUUAAAAUGUUUAAAAAAUACUUUACUUUAUGAUAUGUAUUUGCUGGAUGAAUGACCAUGAAGUUCACUUUGUGAAAAACAAUGGACCUUACAUCUUGUGCACAUUUAAAUCAUAACCAGGUGCUGAUCACACUGUACAGACAAAAAAUAUCAGAAUUAUGAGU